CCGGAGGGCAGAUAGCCCUUUAAGACCACCAUGUUUUGAGCACAUGUAAAGCGGCUGCCGCUGCCUGUCUGUCAAUAAUCAUGGCGGAAUGGAACUGGAAGAGGUCUAUCUCCAGUCCCUCCUCGGUGUCGGACACCGCUACAUCCCUCGGCCGGGCUCUGUCACACUCCAAACUGAACCAGGCUGACCCGAAGGAGGUUUUUCAUUCGCAGACUAAUCUCAGUCAUGGAAAUGUCACGACGCUGCCCGGUCGAAGAAGAAAGUUGUCGAGCUGCAAUAACCUGACAGAGUCCACAGAGUCCGUCCUGUCUCCCUGUGCCGAGGCGCGGGUCCUGGUUAUCAACACUGGAGGGACCAUCGGCAUGACGCUCCAUGAUAACGUUCUUGCCCCAAAAGCCAAUGCUCUUGUGAGCAGCCUGCGCAAGCUGCCCAUCCUGCAUGACGAGCAGUAUGCCCAGCAGACCUGCCUGUAUGAAUACUAUGAAUCACCUGUAAACACCCUGGUCCUGCCGCUGCACAAAGACAAUAAGAGGAUAGUCUACUCCGUUUUAGAGUAUUGCCCUCUCCUUGACUCCUGCAAUAUGACCACAGAUGACUGGGGUAGAAUUGGAAAGGACAUUGAGAAAAACUACGAGAACUAUGACGGUUUUGUGAUCCUCCAUGGCACAGACACAAUGGCUUACACUGCCUCGGCCCUGUCCUUCAUGUGUGAACACCUGGGCAAACCAGUUAUUCUCACCGGCUCACAGGUGCCGAUCUAUGAGAUGAGGAACGAUGGCCGGGACAACCUGCUGGGGGCGCUGCUGAUCGCUGGCCAGUUUGUGAUUCCUGAGGUGUGCCUGUAUUUCCACAACAAACUGUACAGGGGUAAUCGGGUAACCAAGGUGGAUGCUGGAAGUUUCAAUGCUUUCAACUCCCCUAACUUGCCUCCUCUGGCCAAUGCUGAAGUGGAUAUUACAAUCAACUGGGACACGGUGUGGAGGGCGAACACCACGGCGAAGUUUCGAGUCAGCACCGAGCUGAACCGGAAUGUGGGCCUGCUCCGGCUGUUCCCAGGCAUCACUGCUGCUACUGUGAGGGCUUUCCUGCAACCGCCCAUGGAGGGCGUCGUCCUGGAGACGUAUGGCAGCGGAAAUGCCCCCGACAACCGUGCUGACUUGCUGGAGGAGCUGAAGAAGGCCACUGAUCGAGGUGUCAUCAUUGUCAACUGCACCCAGUGUCUGAGGGGGUCUGUGUCUACGUCUUAUGCCACUGGCAAGGUUUUGAUAGAUGCGGGUCUGAUAGCUGGCUGUGACAUGACCCCGGAGGCCGCCCUGUCUAAGCUGUCCUACAUCCUGGCCAGAACAGACCUUGAUCUAGAAGCCAAGAAAAAGAUGGUAGGCCAGAACCUGCGAGGUGAGAUGAUUGCUGACGUAGAGGGAGCCAAGCUGUCCCUGAGUGAUAGCCGUUUCAUCCAGGUUAUCGCCAAAUCUCUCAGCAUCAGUUGUAAGGAGGAGCUGGAGGCCAUCCGUGAUGCCCUGACCCCCCCACUGGCAUGUGCUGCUGCGAAGAUCGGAGAUAUAGAAGCCUUAGAAACCAUAAGGGAAAUGGGCAGUAACCUGUGUCUAGGUGACUAUGAUGGACGCACACCCCUACAUAUUGCUGCCUGCGAAGGCCACUUCAAAUUGGUGCAGUACUUGUUGAGCCACGGGGCCACAGUCUAUGCUAAAGAUCGCUAUGGAGACACACCGCUGUGCAACGCUGUACGCUUCAGACACAAAGAUGUAGUGAAGCUGUUGAGAAAGACUGGAGCCCACUUCUCCAGGGAUGAGUUGGAGGAUGCAGGCACAGAGCUAUGCAGCCUGGCAGCCGCUGGUGACAUGGAGGGUCUGGAAAUAUGGAGCCUAGCUGGAGCAGAUCUGAACAAACCAGGCUAUGAUGGACAAACAGCAUUAGGAGUUGCCCAGGCUGUUGGUAAGAAGGAUGUGGUGGCAUUUCUGUGCCAGCUUAUGAGCACUAAAUCCCAGAACGGCGGUGUGAUCGAGUUCACCGCCCCCCCGACAGGUUCCUGAACUGACGCUGCCUCAGCCAACAGGAAACGCGUCCUCCGUCUGUCUGCUUCGCCUACCAAACUGCUCCCGUCACACCGUCCACUGUUUAAUUUCACAGUCUUAUGCUCACCCUUUGGGCGUCUGCCUAAGCCCGUGGAAUUGCACCUUCUUUUAAGCAAUAUAGAGUUUCUGUGUGUUUUAUGCUGCACCUAUAGAGCUGUAUUCUGCCGAUCCUUCCAAUUGCAUACAACAUUAAAUAAUCCAUUGUAUAAAUGCAUAUUGCCGACACACGGCGGCACUACAUGUUGAAAUAGAUUUUAUUGUCUGAUAUUUACUGUUGAAAGGAACGUUUUACUCUGCUGAAUGUUUUAAGUAAAUGUUAAUAUGAAGGAUUAACAUCAGGCUCAGUGAUGUGACAUCAAAACAAGGAAUUCAGAGCAACCUUCCCCUGAGUUGUUUCAAAGGAUGAAAAAAACAAACAAACCUCACAUAACUGCUUCAUCACUGGAGAAUGGUCUUGGUCAGGGACCUCUUUGUCAACUUCUUUAAAUAUUGUUACACUAUUGUCUUAAUCUACAGCAAUAUAUUUAUAUAUUAUUUGGGGAAGUAUGGUGUGAAAUUCCUUGGUCCUAUUUAUUGACUAUUUUUAAAGUAAGGUGGAAACUGAUGGUUGUACUGUGAUUGUAUGAGUUUAAUUUAUAUCCAGUCUUGGCACUUGUCCAUUUGGGUCAAAAUAUAUAACUACCUCGCAGGCAGAAAAAAAACAGCAAUUUCCAUCCAUUCUCAUUCAUCCUGUUUCUACGCUGCUUUCCCAGCUGGAAAAGUAGCAGAUGUCACCCAUGGCACUGUGAGAUUUAAAUCAUCAUGUGAGCCAGGUCACGACUUGAAACUCUGUCACAGUUUCUGUCUUGUAUAAGCUGUCGCCUGUGUGAUGACAAACGGCAUUAUCGUGCUGGUCGUAGUUCUGUUUGGAAGUGGGAGUCAGUUUUCAUCUGUGUUACUCUCAGGGGCGCCGUAUAUGGGGGAAAAGUUAGGACAAUUCCAAGGGCCCUCGCCUGACAGGGGCCCCAAAAAAAUAGGUAAAAACUAAUAUAAAAUUAUUAAACCAUCAUUGAGUAAAUAUAUAUAUAUAUUUUUUCAUGGGGCCCAAAAUUCCUGGCGGCGCCCCUGGUUACUCUGUGCAAACACUGAAAGUUACAUUUGAUAAUCCAGGUAAUUUUGUCACUUGUAAGUUAUCAUCUGUGAAAGAGUAUUAUUUUAUUCUAUGAUUAGGUAUUACCGAAUCACAAAUCUAUUUUGAUAUUUACUUAAAUUUGUUCCUGCUGCUUACAAUGCUGUUGGUUCUGGUAGUUUCUUUGUGUUGUAUUACAAACAGUCUCGUAUUUGUUUGUGUUCGUGUGUGAAAAGUUAUUUGGUCUGUUUCUUCUGUGGACAUAGCAUCACUGUUGCGUAAGAGAGAUUGUAAUGUUGACCCACUCAAUGUUUUAUGCAGAUAUGGAAAAAAGCACACACAAAUAAAUUACCAGUUUGAA